CCCCCGUAACCCUCUCAGCUAUGUAUGCGCAACAUCAAACACGACUGGCCCAACUCCCUAUUUUCGCCGUGAUGCCCGCUUCCCCCCUCCACCACCUCCAGGACGCCGCUUCGUGAAGUCGGCCAGCGGGCGCCAUGUCGUCGUUUCCCGUCAUCGACGAGAAGCGCGUCUUUGCGCUCUCCAGCGCCAUCAGCUCCAAUCUGAUUCGGCUUCGGCAGUCGAUUGACGGACUUCGCCAACUCCACGACCAGUGGAAAGACAGCAAUGCUUCCUUUAUCAAUCUGAUCGCGCAGUUGACGGCGCUCAAGUCGAGCCUCGGCGAGAUGCACGACUGGAUCAACUACGCCAUUCAGGAUAUGCAUCCCCAGCUCCUCAGCGACUUGGAUGUUUUGAUGGGAUCCUGCGAGGUUCUGGUGCGCAGAUUGGAUCGGCUGAUCGCACAGCUAGAGCAGCCGGAUCAGGAACAUGUCGACUUUGCGCUUAAGAUGAAGCUGGCUGUAGGGAGUAGGUCAAUGAGACGACUGCAGAACGUUGCCAAACGGCAGACUGACGCCGUUCACCUGCUCCUGGCUGCUUGCAAAUGUCACACAACAGCCCAGAGGAAGAUUCUCCUGCAUAAAAGCAGGCAGAUAAGAAAAGAAGACGCGUCAUCGCUUUCCACCCUGGCGAGGACAUCGAGAUGGGAUGGACAAUGCAUCAAGGCACUAACAAGCAUCUCCCGCAUGAUUCAAUGGUUUCGUAUUGUCUUCUACAUCAAGCUUCUCGGGAGAUCGGGAGACCACGUGCCGACUGAACAGGAUUAUGCCGACGCUGCAGCCGCCAUUCGGAGUCAGGCUAUUGACCGCGAGUUGGAGGAAGAUGCAACUUGGCUGCGGCGGGAGACGAAAAUCGUCCUCCAGGGGGGCGAAAAUACAGGUAAAGAGCUCAUAAUGAGACAAAUGAAAGUCCUCUACGCAGGCGGCUACCCCGUAGAAGAGCGCCUCAGCUACAAAGGCAUGGUCCGGCAGACUGUUUGGCAACUCAUGCACGCCAUCAUUGACCUCCUCAAGGACACCGGAGUCAAUCUCUCCGACGAGCUAAACCGGGACUUCGCCAUGCUCCUUCACGAAUUCGAAACCGUCGAUAUAGCCACCAACGGCCCAACACCGGACGGCGUCCGUGCCGUCCUCAACAUCUGGACCAGCGAAACCUUCUCCACCCUCUAUGUCCGCAACUUCGAAAUCGACUUCCCCCCGUAUGCAUCCUACUUUGCGCGUGAGAUUGAGCGUAUCUCGGCCCCGGAUUACAUCCCUUCGGAAGCAGAUAUUGUGCGUCUCGAUUAUCCUUCGCACAACAUCAAAGAGUUGCGCUUCAAUUGGGACGAACUAGACGUCCACCUCUUCAGCAUGGGUAGAAGUUUUCCUCAUCAUUUCCGCAACCGCUGGCUUCACCAAUUCGAAAACGCUACUGCACUUAUUUUCACCGUGGACGUGAGCGUCUACGACCGCGUUCUCCUCGAGGAUCCGGCGACAUCACGACUCACCCUCGAGUUCGAGGCGUUUUACGGUUUUGUCAUGGCAUCCCUGUUCGCGAAUUCAUCCGUCAUUCUGUUGUUGAACAACUUCACCCGUUUCCGAAACAAACUUCGCCAUUCACCGCUCGAGCACUUCUUCCCCGACUACCGCCCUGGAGUCAGCACCCUCAUCAACAACAGCAGCAACAACAGUAACCCCAAGGACCAGGAACAGCAGGAGCUAGCCGCUCGCCAAUACAUACUUCGCCGGUUCAAAGACAUGAAUAAGAACAAGCUGAGCAUAUACAGCUUCUGGGUCGAUCUGGAUAUGGGGGAUAAUGCGCAUCUGUAUGCGGCGUUGAAGAAGACAUUGGGGCAUAUUCAGAUGAGGAGGGCGAGGAGCGAGGUUUGGAGUGAAGAGGGACGAAGUGCGGCAGAGGGGAGUGUGGGUGGGGCGAGGAGUCCGACCAUAGGGAGCGGUGGGAGGAAGGGGUCGAUCUAAGUAAGAGAACCUGCGUUUAUAUGGCGCUAGGAGCGACGACUUUCGCUACGUUGAUGCCUUUGAUUCCCUGGGGAUGGCUUGGGUGGAUCGGAUCACAUUAUACCAGGCCUCGGGUUCUCGGCGGCCAUGUUGCUUUUCCUCUUCGUUGGUUUCCAUUUCUCCUUCCUUUCCCUCUUCCUCAUGCUCGAAUAACGCGGAUUAGCUCCAUACUUUCACUUUUUUCUUGGCAUAUAUCCCUCCUAUCCGUAACUAAUUUCUGUAUUAUGACGACGAUGACGAUGACAUUAUAUACUUUAAUAUUGAUGCUUGCACAUCAACUCUCUCCUUUCUGAGAUGACCGAUUUUUCAUGGACAGGAGCGAUUGCAUGCUCGCCUUGAAAUGUAGGCGGAAUGAAUGGUCACA